AUGCGGCUCAUAAAUUGCCACGGGAGGACCCAGAGGGAUCAGGAGGGUACUGGGAGGGAUCAGCAGGGUACCGGGAGGGAUCAGGAGGGUACCGGGAGGGAUCAGGAGAGUACCCAGAGGGAUCAGGAGGGUACUGGGAGGGAUCAGGAGGGUACCGGGAGGGAUCAGGAGGGUACCGGGAGGGAUCAGGAGGGUACCGGGAGGGAUCAGGAGGGAUACCGGGAGGAAUCAGGAGAGUACCCAGAGGGAUCAGGAGGGUACUGGGAGGGAUCAGCAGGGUACCGGGAGGGAUCAGAAGGGUACCGGGAGGGAUCAGGAGAGUACCCAGAGGGAUCAGGAGGGUACUGGGAGGGAUCAGGAGGGUACCGGGAGGGAUCAGGAGGGUACCGGGAGGGAUCAGGAGGGUACCGGGAGGGAUCAGGAGGGAUACCGGGAGGGAUCAGGAGACCCAGCAGCUCUGAUGGGCGCCUGCGCGCCUGA